AUGCGUACAUUCCAACAAGUGGUGAUAUACGUUGUCCCCUUGAUUGGCAAUUUGAGUGUCAUAAACCUAGCGGUAGUGCUUGUUCGCCUAUAUUGGUUCGAAACUCGAUUCAAAGACAUUGUUCGAUUGUCAAGGCAGCGUUUGCUUGAUCGACCUCGUUCCAAUAAAUUGCAAUCGUCAGACUCCCGAGGAAGAGACAGUAUCUCUUUGCGAAACAGACUCACCGCGGCGAGAAUACGAGAUAUCAGAGUGCUUCGUCCUGAGCCAAGAAUUGGGAGCAGCAGGACAGCCGCCUCUGAGUCGGAGGGCCUAAGGCUACGAGCCAGGAUUCUUAGCAGAAUUCCCAACAAUAAUGCUAAUAGCGAAAGCGACAGUCGAAAUGGAACCGUUCCUAAUGAGAACGAAAACGAGAAUGUGAAAAGUUGCGCUGUUGAAAUAGAUGAUUCAACCACUUCUACCUCUACCCCAGAUCCUCCUGCUUCUCCAUCGGACCCAACGCCUGUAGUGAUUGAUCGAACUAGCGCUUCCCUCAAGAAAAAUAGUAUUGAACGGAGUGCACCGCCUGCGCAUAUUAGCUUCUCAGCUGAAACAAACAUGGAGCCUCGUGGACGCGCAUUGCGGAUUCCUGGACCACGAGAGUUUGAGAGCGGACAAACGGUUCGCGAGGUUGACGAUGAUGACCUGGCGAAAAGCAUAACCAUCGAAGAACCGCCAAUGGCUGGUCCCUCAGGGGAAAAUGAACGCCGACGAUUGCCCACUAUGGGUAGGCUGUUGUCCCACGCAGUUUCCGUCGAAAGAGCUGCUUCGAAUGCUUUUAUUCUCGGAAAUAGUUCACGGAAGCGUUCUCGAUCGAGGUCUUCUAACCCACUACAUCGAUCGUCCUCGAGGGCUGAUCGGGUCCCCCUCGACAUGCCCUAUCUCUCUUACCAACCAACAAUCGGUCGUAAUUCGAGGUUCCUGGGUUUGACUGAUGACCAGAGGGAUGAGUUGGGAGGAAUUGAGUAUCGUAGCCUGAAACUUCUGGCGAAGAUUGUGUUCAGCUACUACGUAUUUUGGCAUGUAUUCGGCGUCGUUUGCCUAAUCGGUUGGAUUCACAAUUCAGACCGGAAGUACCGGGACUAUAUUCAAUCUGCAGGCCAGAGCCCAACUUGGUGGGCAAUUUUCUCUGGGAUGACCACCUACAACAAUCUUGGAUUCACUCUUACCCCAGAUUCGAUGACUAGCUUCCGCAACGCAACCUUCCCCAUCUUCAUCAUGACAUUUCUAAUGUACAUUGGGAACACAGGCUACCCUUGUAUGUUACGCCUCGUCAUAUGGCUUAUGUUCAAAAUCUCGCCCCAGGGUUCUGCAAUCCGCGAGCCAUUGAAUUUUCUACUCGACCAUCCUCGUCGAUGUUACACUCUACUUUUCCCAUCUAGCCCUACCUGGAUGUUAUUCUUCAGCCUGGUAUUUCUGAACUUCAUCGACGUACUGCUAUUCCUAGUUCUAGACCUGCAUAACGAAGAAGUCCUGGCUGUUCCGUCCUCAUGGAAUAGGUUUCUGGCUGCGGUUUUUCAGGCAGCGUCGGCGCGCACGACAGGGACGAGCACUUUUAAUGUUUCUAAGGUGCAUCCGGCUGUACAGUUCAUGCUUAUGGAGAACUCCUUGGGACUCUAUGAUCCACAAAGCGAUGAAAUCGACGAAUCAAAUAGCACCGCCUCCUAUGUGGGUGCACAUAUGAAAAAACAACUUGCAUUUGACCUCUGGUAUGUCUUCUUCGGGAUGUUUCUUCUUAUGAUCACCGAAGGGUCGAAACUGGCAGAUAAGGCGGAUCCGGACUUCGCAAUCUUCUCGAUUUUUUUCGAAGCUGUCUCGGCAUACGGAAACGUGGGUCUGAGCUUAAGUCAUCCAUCUAUCAACAGCGGCUUAUCGACCAAAUUCAGCGUGUUGGGAAAACUAGUCAUCUGCGCUUUGAUGCUUCGCGGCCGACAUCGCGGAUUGCCUUAUGAACUUGACCGUGCAAUAAUCCUCCCCAGCGAAAGGAAUCUUACGGAAUCAAGUGCUACGAAGGAUGGUGGUCCAGUUACCACUACACAAACCUCAACAAAUGCUACUAUUAGCUCCUUGUUGCGCACUCGAAUUGCCGAGAUCGUCUAA